UCCUGGACCUGACUCUCAGAUCGAGUCGAACUGAAGUGGGCGACUGGAGCCAAACCCGGAACUUUUUGACCCAGUAUUUAUCCCUGAAGUUGGAGAGUUUGGAGUUUCCCCUCGAUUUUCCGACGGGUUUAGCGGGAAAGCCAUCUUUCUGGAAGCUUUCGGUUUGUCCUGAAGGAAAACAAACGCUGAAGUUUUCUUCAAAUGUUUCCAGUGUGAGUGCGGCGGUUCCUGCAGGACAGCAGACGUUAGAGGGCAGGUGCUGAGGAGUGAGGUCGGAAGGAGCCAGGAUGCCGCAGCAGAAGGACAUAGUGAGGAUAGCCAUCCAGAUGCCGGGGACAGUAGCCCAGCUCAUACAGCUGGACCAGAAGAAGCCUCUGUCUGCUGUCAUUAAGGAAGUGUGUGAUGGCUGGAAUCUUCCAGGACCCGACAACUACGCCCUGCAGUACUCCGAAGGAGCGCAGAUGUACAUCACUGAGUCGAACCGCCUGGACAUAAAGAACGGCUGGAUUCUGCGUCUGACCAAGGCACCGGGUCGCAGGGCAGAAGACUUGUUCAAGGGCAUCCAGAGCUCAGAUGGAGGGGUGCGCUGUGAUUCGCUGAAAGAGCUGGCCAGCGUUUCGCGAGACGUGACCUUCGCUCAGGAGUUCAUCAGCAGAGAUGGACAUGUCCUACUGGUCAAAAUAGUUGAGGACUCUAAGGAAAAUAACCAGAUCAUGACCUACACUCUGACCGGCUUCAUGGAGCUGAUGGAUCAUGGGAUAGUUUCAUGGGAGAACCUCUCGACUGUCUUCAUCAAGAAGAUUGCCAGCUUUGUCAACAAGUCGACAGAUGAGGCGAUGCAGCAGGUGUCCCUGGACAUCCUGGAGAACAUGGUUCUGAGCAGCCGCAAACUUUUCCUUCAGGUCAAACAGGAGGUCACCAUGGAGAGGCUUAUAGCUCACCUGCAGGUGGCUAACCAGCAGAUCCAGACCAAAGCCAUGGCUCUCCUUAUGGCCUUACUGCAAACAGCUGAAGACUCAGACAGAAAGGAAAUGUUUGCAUUUCUGAAUAAGAAGAACCUCCGUUCAUACAUUUAUAAGAAUAUUAUCCUGAGCUCUAGUCCGGUCCAGGACGAGAUGGCUCACUACCUCUACGUCCUGCAAUCGGUCACCUUGAAUCAUUUGGAGGCUCGGAUGAGAACGCCGCUGGAUUGUUACAGCCAGGAACAGAGAGAAAUCCUUCACGGGUUGCGGCAGGCGGCGUUUGAGACAGAAAGCGAGAACAGCCUCAGUCAUGAACGCCGGCGCUCACUUUGUGCCAAAGAGUUUAAGAAACUGGGUUUUUCUAACAACAGUAACCCGGGUCAGGACCUGGUGCGGACACCUCCUGGUCUUCUAGCUUUGGACACCAUGUUUUACUUCGCUAACCGUAACCCUGACGCCUACAGCAGGUUCGUGCUGGAGAAUAGCAGCAGAGAGGACAAACACGAGUGUCCUUUCGCCAGGAGCAGCAUCCAGCUCACACUGAUCCUCUGUGAAAUCCUUCGAAUAGGAGAACCUCCCUCAGAGACAGGAUCCAACUACCACCCCAUCUUCUUCAGUCAGGACCGACUCCUGGAGGAGCUUUUCUGCGUCUGCAUCCAACUGCUCAACAAAACCUGGAAGGAGAUGAGAGCAACGCAGGAGGACUUUGACAAGGUGAUGCAGGUGGUGAAGGAGCAGAUCACCAGGACGCUGUCCAGCAAGCCGACCUCCCUGGAGCUCUUCAAAAACAAAGUUAACGCCUUGAACUACAGCGAGAUCCUGAAGCUGAGGCAGACGGAGCGGCUGCACCAGGAGGAGACGCUCGCUCCACCUGUCCUUGAGCUGAAGGAGCGCCUGAAGCCAGAGCUGCUGGAGUUGAUCCGCCAGCAGAGGCUCAACCGGCUGUGUCAGGGAACCAUGUUCAGGAAGAUCAGCAGCCGCCGCAGGCAGGACAAACUGUGGUACUGCCGCUUGUCACCAAAUCACAAGAUGCUUCACUACGGCGACGUGGAAGAAGAUGCAGAAAACCCAGCCAUAGAAACACUGCAGGAGAAGAUCCCAGUUGCAGAUAUAAAAGGUUUGCUGACAGGGAAAGACUGUCCUCACAUGAAGGAGAACAAAGGCAAACAGACCAAGGAAGUCUUGGAUCUGGCAUUUAGCAUCACCUAUGAUGUAGAGGAGUACAGCCUGAACUUUAUCGCCCCCUCUAGGACUGAUUUCUGCUUGUGGACAGAUGGACUGAGCGUCCUCCUGGGCAGGGACAUGAGCAGCGAGUCCAUGCGCAGCGAGCUGGAGAUCCUCCUGUCUAUGGAGAUUAAGCUCCGCCUCCUGGACCUGGAGAACGUACCCAUCCCAGAGAGCGCCCCCAUUAUCCCCAAACCACCGAGCAACUACAACUUCUGCUACGACUUCAGCCAGACGGAGCAGUAGACGGGAUGGACCUGUGUUCGGGUUCUGGUUCUGACCCAUGCGCAGAUUUUAACACUUUAUUGUUGGAGGUUUUUAGAGGAGGCCUGAUGCUGAACAUCUGAGCCAAAAAGCAGAUAGAUGUCAACCAGAUUCUGAGAAUCCUGCAGAAUCAGCAUCUUUAGGGUAGAAAUCAGGCGAUGAUCUGCAUCAGGAAAACCCAACACGCUUCAAUAAUAGCAACAUCUGUGAUGGUGCUUUCACUUUAGCCUUUUUAUAGGGAGACCGUUACGUAGCUUCAGGAAAAUUGCUGCACGCUUGGCUAAAAACACUUCAUUCUGCUUUGAGUUGUUAUAUUUUGAUGCUGCUUCUUUCUGGGCAUUUGCAGAAAGCGGUUCCAUCUCCAAUUAUGGUAUCUGAGCAACAGCUGCAGCCUGUCAGACGGAUGUAUUUUACAAAGGUACUUGUUUUAAUGCGGUUCAGCAACUGUGGAGCUUUUUGAAUCAAUCCAAACUGAUUAUUUUUUACCAAAAAUUAAGUUUAUUAUUCCUGUAAAUCUGUAUGAUACCGAUUUUUCUGAUUGUCAUGGAUCAAAUCCUGUUUUAACUCUAUAAAGGUUGCUUUUUUUAUACUAGUAGGUACUUUUAACGAGUCUUUUGCAGCUGAGGCGAUGUUUACUUUAAUCUGAGCUUUUUACACAAAUAAACAGGUUGAAUUAGAGAAGAGAAA